AUGAGCACUCGCACCUUUAGCCGCAGAGGCAAGGCGGAAGCACUGCAGCCCUCCCCGGCAGAAACACAACCCGCGGGCCCCUUGGAUCACCUGCUUGCAAGCUCUCCACACUCUCCUGACGCCUGCACGGACCCGCUCAGCCCCUUCUUCUUCGGCAGCGGAGAGGCAGAGGAUCCCGACCCCGCCAAAUCAAAGGGCCGCGCCAGCGGCGGCAGCGGGCGAGCGGGAGCGGCGGCCGGCAAGCCGCACAGGCCCAGCGGCGGCAGGGCUGGAAGCACGGCUGCCUCGCCCGCGCAGCAGAAGCAGUCUGCAGCCGGCAGGAAGUCUUCCUGCAAGGCAGCAGCAGCCUCAGGAGCGGGACCUGUAGCCAUCACCGGACGCACCACCCAGCAGCAGCAGCAGGCGGUGGCAGCACGCGGCAAGGCCAAGCCACGCCCGGCCGUCAAGCCAGCAGCAUCCCCCCUGCUGCAUCGCAGCUCUGGCGGUAACACCAGGGCGCGGCAGCACAGGGACCAGGCGGCGGCAGCGGCCACCAGCCCAGCAGAGGCUGUGCAAGGGUCGGCGCAACGCACGACGGGAAGGAGGUCGCUGGGUGGCGGCAAGCCCUCUGUCCGCAGCAGGCCAGCACCUGAGGCGGCAGCCCAGCAGCAGCAGCUGCCUGCGGUGCCAGCAGGGAAGGCAGGCGGCUCGCCAGGCAAGCGCAAGGCCCCCGUCGCACCUGCGCCAGCAGCAGACGAGCGGGAGCUCGAGCCCAGCCCCGGGCGGUCGCCAAGCAAGAAGAUGAAGAAGGGAGGCAGUGCCAGCGGCGCAGAGCCAGCCACAUCAGCGGCAGCAGCCCUGGCAGCUUCAGCAGCCCCUGCAGCAGCAGCAGCAGCAGCAGCGCCAGCCAGGGCGCCCUCACGGACAGCCGGGGCCAGCGGCGGCGGCGCCAGCAGGCGUGGGGCCCAGGCUGCCGGCCCGCCGGCGCCGGCGCCCGCGGCUGCCGCCGGGGCAGCGGGCACGGCAGCCGGGCGCGGCGGCGGCCUGGGAGGGAUGCAGAUGGCAGCCCUGACGCGCCUGCUGCGCCCGGCGGCGCUGCGGGAGCAGGCGGCGGCGACGACGGUGGUGCAAGCGCAGGCGCUGGGCGAGCAGCAGAGCAUCACUGACGACGCCCUGUGGGCCCUGGAUGGCCUGGCCUCUGGCAGCGACACCACCGCACGGGAGAGCCUGGCGGCACUGGCCGAAAUCUGCGCCACCAGGCGUGGCCGCCUGGCGCUGCGCAGCGGCAACAUCGCCGCCGAUGUGCUGGCGGCAGCAGGCACGCUCCAAGUGCAGCAGGACCCUGUGCAGGCGCUGGGCCUCGCCACCCUGCUGCUCUGCUUCUGCCAGGCCGACGCCGACGCGGCGCUGCUAGGGCGGCGGGAGCUGUCGGGGUCGCUGGAGGUCGGCACUGGCGACGGCCCCGCCGCCGCCAGGCUGCUGGUGGUCCUCAGGGAGCGGCCCUACUCGGCACAGGUGCAAGCAGAGGAGCGGGGCAGCCCGCUGGCGCUGGCCCUGGUGGCGCUGGCAGGAUGCCUCAACCCCCACGACACCGCCAUCAACGCCGACCCGCUCAAGCGGGCGCUGCGGGAGGCGGGCGCGCUGGAGGCGGCGGCGCAGGUGGCGGCGGAGCACGCUGCGGCGCUGGCCGACGCAAGCCCCACCAUCCAGACCGUGCGCCACCUGUGGCGCCUGCACAAGGCGCUACUGGUACUGGAGAACGUCUGCUUCGCCUGCCCCGACAACGAGGCGCGGCUGCUGGCGGUGACGGUACAGACGGGGCUGCCGCCGCUGGUGGCCACCACCGGGCUGGUCGGCUGGCUGGUGGCGCAGCUGGCGCUGCUGGCGCGGCAGGCGCUCAUCACUGGAGUGAAGAAGGACUGCCUGCGUGCGCUGCUGGCUGUGCUGAUGAACCUGACCCAGAGCAACGCGGCGGGCUGCGCGGCGGUGGUGGCGGCGGGGGCGCUCGGGGCGGUGGCUCGGGUGCUUGCCCAGCUGGUUCGAGGAGGGCCCAAGAUCAGAGGUGUGGCUGCCAGCCGACAGGAGCUGGGCGAGUGGUCAGAUGAGCUCAGCUACUGCCUGAUGCUGCUGACC